GUUUCCUUCCGGCUUUACUUGGUCAAAGAUAUAACAAACACUGUACUUUUAAAGAAGCUUUUGCAGACAUCAUUUCAGCCGCAACUAAAAUGCUUGUUUCUGACAUAGUAUGUCAUGGGUAUUUCAAAUGCCUUGAUAAAUUAUGGACGAAUGAAGAAUUUUGUGACUUUACAGUUCAAAUCAAUGAUGUUUCAAUAAAAUGUCAUCGCUUCAUUCUUGGGGCGUGUUCGCCAUAUUUUCUUGGUCUGCUAAAAUCUGGAAUGAAAGAAGCCAACGAGGGACGUGUAGUUCUACACGAUAUAUCAGUCUCCACCUUUCAGUUAAUCCAGAAAACUUUGUACACCGGUGAAGACGUGUUGAGUCUUGACAACUUCAUCGAAGUCUGGCACGCUGUAGACAGGUUGCAGAUUGGAUUUCUUCUAGAGUUGUGUGAAACAUUUGCAGAUAAAAAUAUAAACUUGGAUAACUUUAAAGAAAUUGUGUCAAGCGCAAAACUUCUUAAUUCUCAAUCCGUCUUGGAGUCAGUCAAAAACUAUAUGGUAAAGAAUUUUGAGAAUGUUUUCGAAAAAAAAACUGUAUUUACAGUUAUCAUUUGAAGAUCUGUAUUCCUUACUGGACAGUCAUAAACUCAAUGUCAGCGAUGAGUACCUUGUUCUACAGGCUGUUUUAAAUUGGGUCGAAUACAAACCUGACCAACACGUUCCUGACACGUGUAACACUAUUGAAAGUCAGAAAAAGUUAAAAACCGAAAAAGUGCAUAAUACCACCACACAAGUUGUCCAGGAACAUUGUUUAGAUGACAAAUCUACAAUGGUCACUGACAAAAUUGUUUUCUCUAAAGCUAUAUCUAACUGUUUAAACAAAUCUGAUACAGAAGCAUGUCAAAAUAAAGGUAAGAAAAUAUCACAGUCUAUGAGUACCAACUCAGCUGCAGAAAAUGACAGACUAUACAGAUUCGAAGUCCUCCUGAGACGUGUAAGAACAUCCAUUAUAAGUCCAACAUUGCUGAUGAAUGUUUUACAGCAUAAUUCUAUUAAACAUAAUGAAAAAGCAAAGGAAAUAAUCGUCUCAGCUAUUUUAAACCAGACAAUAUAUUUCAAGCAUGGUCAAUGGCCAAAAACAGGUAUAUACAGGGAGUCCCAUGAGUAUGGGAACUAUGGAAUUUGCAGUUUGUAUCGUAAUGGCACCUUUGAGUCACUAAGCUAUGGCGAGACGUGGAACAAAAUGAAAUCAUGUCCAUCGUUAGCACACAACGUCCAGCUAGUAGCUUUUGAAAAUGAAAUCUACGCUGCUGGCUGUCAAUCUGCCACUCAGACUAAAAGUAAGCUAUUUGUUUACGCUAAUAAGUGGAAGGAAAUAGUCGAGCUGCCAGCCAAAGAAUUGUACCUAGCAAGUAAUGAAAAUCACAUAUACAUUACAAGCGUUACCGAAAAUGUUAUUUAUCGAUUUGAUCCAAAAUAUGCAGACGUCAAUUUGAUUAAAUUUACUGAAGUUCCAAAAGGUUCUGUUGUAACUCAUGUUAUGAGCUACCGAGGGUAUCUUCUCAUCUUCUGCACUGAAACAGUCAAUGGCGUCCAGGAAACAGCAGUCCAUAUGUUAGACCUUCCGGCCAAGAGCUGGACAAGACUGGACAACCUCAAUGGACCAGCUAAAAACAUCAUCAGUUUUCGUAACGACGACAACCACUUUGUGCUACAAACCAACGGCAACUUGUGGGCUUUAAACCAAUCUGAUGGAAUGUUCACAUUCACUCUUGUAAAGAAACUCUGGGCGCUGGACCACGUUUUAUAUGGAGCUGUGGUUUUCGGUGAAAAAUUGGUCAUUUUUUAUUACAAACCCGAUGAGACCAAAGACUCAAAGGCUUGUAAAGUGGAUAACAUGUUCAGCCAAAUAAAGUACUGGUACACAGAUGAACCUUGCUCAAGUUUUAUUCCUGCUGUACUGCCUAAAUCUUAUGCUAAAAUUUAGUUGAUAAGUAGAAACAAGCAAUUUUAAUUACCUACAGCGAAAAUAAUUAUGCGAAGUCGUUGUAAUAAAUGUGUGUUGUAACUUUUUUAUUACAUAUUUAUAUCAUUUUUAUACAA